AAGCGAGACGGGCUGUCACUUUCCGUGGACGGAAACCCCGAGACGACGUCAACGCAUGUUCCGGAAAGUUUCUGGCAACGACUGAAUUCUUUAUUCAUCGGGGGAAUUCCAGGCGAUUCGCCGCUGGAGUCGAGCUCGGCUCAAGAACUGUUCAAAGCCCCAGCGCCAGAAUCUCAUGGGUUCUUUGGUUGCGUGCAGCCCAUAGUAUCCGCUAGCGGAGAAAUCCUAGACGUUUUGGGUGCCGCCGUGGACCGAAGGAAUUUGGCUUCAUGCGACGGACGAUGAGCAUUUCUUUUUUUCUGAGGUGCUGCAUCUUACGGCAUAGAUGGCUGUUCAAACGAUGCUGAGCGAGCAUAGAAACCGGCACAUCCGAAAUCCUGAUUUUUUGUGGGGAAAAUGAGGGUUUUUCUCUGUUGGUCCGGCGAAGAAGCAUCGUGUGAUUUCUUUGGAUGAGAAGAACAUGCACAAAUGCCUGAAUCUUUAGAAGCACCCACUGUUCUCAUCGCGGGAGGGGAAUUUUCGGUCGGCCCGCAUUGGGCCAGAACAAACCACCGAGUGGCACGACGACGGCGCCGCCGCCUUCGAAGCAACGAAAAGAAUGUUGUUCAAAGUUGCGUCCUCGUCCUUUUCCAGAUUUGUUUUCUUCUUCGGGCAAUUAUUUUCAACUGUCGUGCUUUCGACUAUGUACUAUGAGUUCAAUGAUAUGAAGCAAGUUGAAGGGAAAAGGUUUAGAUGGAAUAGUUUGAGCAUACGCCUCGCACUGCAAUCGCUGUUGUGGACGGUAGAUUUCCUUUCUUACUGCGCACCAAAAUACUGUAAUAUUUAAACGCACCGGCUUUACUCAUUUUCAAGUAAUUUCCAGCUGUGUGUGGAUGAAGAACCUUCGAUGCUUGAAUCGGUGAGCCAAGGAACCUCGUUCGCAUGAGUGAGUGCAUUGCGAGACUUUAAAAAGGCGCUUGCGAGGCCAGUCAGCCGAGCAGUCUUACUCAUGAAUAUUUGUACUGCACUCGACCGGAAUUAUCCAAGUUCUCUGUACUGUAUAUGCUUUAGAGCCGUAGUAAUGUAUUUCAGACCAGUGGUUGCGACUCGAACUUUAGCCAUCUUGAAAGUGGGGCAACUUAGGAAUUCUGAGGACCUCAAUGGGUAAGACAUCAUAUCAUGAAGUAAUGAGAUUCUUCUCGCCGGCGGGAUUUAUUUUACGGCCUAUUUUGUAAUCUGGAUCAUAUAUUUUGAAAAUUUCCAUCCUGCACAAGUAUUUUCACAAAUACAUGCCUUUUUGUGUGGGGAAACUCAA